AACAUCUUAAAGAGCUUCUGCGUAAAUCUUUCGCCCAACGCAGUGCGCAGUGUUGGGUGAAAUGAAAACGGUGGAUUUCAUCACCACGUGCAACAUUUCGAAGGUUCAUCCUUGCAUGGUGUUCCUGUAAAAACAAGGUCGUUUAGGAUGCGUAUGGUGAUCUUCAUGGGGUGCGGUGGAAGCAGGGCUGACGCCGUCGAUCCCCGCUGGCAGGAGAGCUGGACGGGAGAGACCGAAUCGACGUGGCUCACGACCACCGAUACGGAGCCAACGCAGGUGGCCAGUGGCAGUGCCGACCACCCCAGAGCCAGCGCUGGAAAGAAGGGAAACACUGCGGCGUGCACAGGUCUCGAUGUGUCCAUGUGUAAAGGCGAAGACAACCGAACCUCAGCGAGCAAAGGCUGUUCUAGUAAGGAAAGGAAGUUGUGACGCAGGCACGCAGUGUGGAAGACAGACCCUCCACUGCGCGACCUCCGGUAACGACCUGCAGAGACCGACGC